AUGUCAGGGGUGGAAGAAGGGGGUGUUGUUGAAGCUGAGAACUGGGAAGAGGAGAGAAGAAGGUUCAGAAUUGGAAGCUUGAAGAAGAAGGCCAUAAAUGCGUCUUCCAGAUUCACACACUCACUUAAGAAACGAGGUAAGAGGAAGAUAGACUUCAGGGUUCCCAUUGAAGAUGUGAGAGACGCCAAAGAGGAAUCUGCGGUGCAGGAAUUGCGUCAGAGACUGCUUCAGAAGGGGUUCAUGCCUCCCACCCAUGAUGAUUAUCAUGCAUUGUUGAGGUUUCUUAAAGCCAGAGACUUUAACAUAGAGAAAACAAUUCAGAUGUGGGAAGAGAUGCUAAUUUGGAGAAAAGAAUUUGGAACUGACGCCAUCCUCCAGGAUUUUGAAUUUAAAGAGCUGGAAGAAGUACUGCAGCAUUACCCUCAAGGGUAUCAUGGAGUUGAUAAGGAAGGUAGGCCAGUUUACAUUGAAAGGCUUGGGAAAGCUCAUCCAAGUCGCUUGAUGCGUAUCACCACAACAGAUAGAUAUUUGAAAUAUCAUGUCCAAGAGUUUGAGAAGGCUCUGCAAGAGAAAUUUCCAGCAUGUUCCAUUGCAGCCAAGAGACGAAUUUCAUCAACCACGACAAUAUUGGACGUACAGGGAUUGGGAAUGAAAAAUUUCUCUCCUACUGCUGCUAGUCUAUUGGCUGCCAUCACAAAAAUUGAUAACAGUUACUAUCCUGAGACAUUACAUCGAAUGUAUAUCAUCAAUGCUGGUCUCGGUUUUAAGAAGAUGCUUUGGCCUGCUGCACAGAAGUUUCUUGACGCGAAAACUAUUGCAAAGAUACAGGUUCUUGAACCUAAGUCUUUGUGUAAAUUACUGGAUAUAAUUGACUCUAGUCAGUUACCAGAAUUUUUGGGUGGCUCAUGUACAUGUCCUGGAGAAGGUGGAUGUCUUAGAUCUAGUAAAGGUCCAUGGAAUGAUCCUGAUAUCAUGAAGCUGGUUCAUAAUGUGGAGGGAACAUUUGUGAGAGAAAACACCCAAAUGUCUGAUGAACAUCAGAAUUCAGACACUUUCUGGAUACGCUCCCAGAAGGGACAAUGCAGCGAUACGUCAACAGCAGAUUCUGGGUCAGAUCUUGAUGAUUCUUUUUCCUCCAUCAGUCAAAGCAGAUUCACUUUUCCUCGUUUAGCCCCAGUUCAUGAAGAAGUUAGAGUACCAGAUAACUUCUACACUUGUCGUGAUAGUGCUUCUGCAGAUGAGGAAGUGCUCAAAAGUGAAGAAUUUCAAAUUACUCGGGAUCAAUCAUUGCAGAAUGAUGAUACAGGGAAUGUUGCUUGUAUGGAAAAUGCUGAAGAUGCAGGUACUUCAGUCAGAAGUUGGUUCAGCUUUGUUAAGGAAAAAGUGGAGCAGACAAAUAUCUUAAAUGUGUCAAGAGUUCUUAUCUACUUUUUGGAAAGAUUGGUGACGUUCUUCCGCAGUUUAAGAUUAGAAUUUUGGAGAACACAGAACAAUAUUUACCCAUCUGUUUCCAUGGAGCAUAACAACAAUAACCCUGCAACAGCUAGUGAAACACUUUCUGAACGAAAUCAUGUUCUUCGAUGUACACAACGUCUUGAGGUACUAGAAAAAACAUUUGGGGAACUUAGCCACAAACCUGCUGGCAUACCUUUGGAGAAGGAGCAAAUGCUUAUGAAUUCCCUGGAUAGAAUUAAAUCUAUUGAGUUUGACCUUGAAAAGACUAAGAGGGUGCUUCACGCUACAGUGAUAAAACAGGUUGAGAUUGUAGAACUGGUGGAGAAUUUGCGGGCAUCAAAGAGUCAAGUAAAUUGCUUCUCGAUAGUGACAAAAAAAGCUGUUACGUCGAAAGAUUCAAGUUUCGGCAACGAGCUAGGGUUGUUAACACCUGGGAAGAUUAAUACAACAGCCACAAGAGACCCUUUGUUCGUUUGA